UUACCAAAAAAGAAAAGAAGAAGAAAUGAGUCUCCUAGUAUAAAUCUCAAAAGAAGAAGCGCUUCCCGUAGCGUUGUUCUCUCUUCAUUUCCUAAACCCCCGUUUCGUGUCUCUCUAUUUUCCCUCUGUCUCUUUCUCGCUCUAAAACCUUGAAUUCGAAACCAUGCUCCUUUCAAUAAUCAUAAAGAAACAUCAAAUUCAUCGCAAGGAGUUCUAGGUUUCGAAAAAUUCCUUCCAAUCGCUCUCACAUUGGAUCACUGGUGGUGAGUUUGAUGUGAAUCUUGCAGUGGAAUUUGUUUCAUCUUCACCGUACACUGUACUGUAACUGUAAGCUUUUACGGUUAGGAAUUGAAUGGGCGUUUUGUGCGUUUGUUUUGGUUCAGCUUUACAGUGUUUGUAGAGUUAGGGUUUCGUGAAAAAUGAGAGAGGGGUUGAGAUCUCGGACUCGGUUGGGUGGUGAGGUUUCUAGUGAAGGAGUUGUUCAUAAGAGAAGGGUUCGUGUGAAGAAUGAGGGUUUAGUUUCAGGUGAUGAGGGUUUAGUGGCGCCUACUUCAUCGGUCGAGAAGAAUGGCGAAGUUGAAUGUGAUGCGAAAGAAGAAUGUGUUUUGGAUUUAAACGCGAGUGCGAGUGGAAAUGUUGACUUGGCUGAGAAUGGGAACAAUGAGAGUUGUUUUAGAGAUGAGGAGGGUAAGAUAGAAGCUGAGGUUGAUAAGAAGGUGAGUGAAGGGUCGGUUGGGAAAGCAGAACGUGUCUUGGAUUUAAACGUGAGUACAAGUGAAAAUGUUGGUUUGGCUGAGAAUGAGAACAAUGGGAGUUGUUUAAGAGACGAGGAUGGUAAUGUAGAAGUUGAGGCUGAUAAAAAGGGGACUGAAGGGUUGAUUCGGAAAGCAAACUGUGACUUGGAUUUAAAAUUGAGUGUGAGUGGAAAUGCUGGCUUGGCUGAGAAUGGGAACAAUGGGAGAUGUGUAAGAGAUGAGGAUAGUAAUGUAGAAGUUGAGGCUGAUAAGAAGAAGACUAAAGGGUUGACUGGGAAAGCAGAAUGUGACUUGGAUUUAAACUUGAGUGUGAGUCGGAAUGUUGACUUAACUGAGAAUGUGAAUAAUGAGAGUUGUGUAAGAGAUGGGAAUAGUAAUACAGAGGUAGAAGCUGAUGCGAAGGGGGCUGAAGGGUUGAUUGAGCGUCGAGUAUUGCGCUCAAGGUCUAAGAGGGGCGAUGACAAAAUAUCUUAUAAUGGAGGGAAUGAUGGUGUCUUUUCUGGGAGUAAUGGAGAAAAUGGUGGGUUUGAGAGGAGGAUAAAAGUCAAGACGGAGUAUGAAGAAGUUGACGAGGAUUUAACUGAUGGCAACAAGAAUGAAAAGGUUAAGGUAAAAGUGGGAGGUCAGGGGAAGAAGUUGAAACGGAAGCGUGGGAGGCCUCCCAAAACAGAGUUAAAAGAGAAAGAUCAAUUAGUUGAUAAGCCACAGCGUAAGCUUGGGAGGCCUCCCAAAACAGAGUUAAAAGAGAACAAUCAGUUACUUGAUCAGCCACUGCGUAAGCGUGGUAGGCGUCCCAAAACAGAGAUAAAAGAGAAGGAUUGGUUAGUUGAUCAGUCACCGCGGAAGCGUGGAAGACGCCCCAAGACUGACCAACAAAAACAUCUCAUGACUGUGGGGCAUAAUAGUAAAGGAAAGGCAAGCCUUCAAGAAGGUAAAGAAGUUUUAACCAUAAGAGAUGGUUCAAGGACAAAUGCAGUUGAUAAUACAUGUUCAAGGAGAUCUUCUGGUAAAGAGUUAAAAGAGAAGGGAUCUUCUCCUCUGAGGAAAAGUAAAUUGCGAAAGGUUUUGAAAACCGAGGUUGAUGGAAUGGCCUCACCGUUGAGAUCAAAUACUUUGAGUACACAUGCUGCUAAAAAGGGGGGAAUGAUUGAGAAAAAGAAGCUAGUGAGGGAUCAAAUAAUGGAACGCCUCUCAGCUGCAGGAUGGACUGUUGACCGUAGACCUAGGAAUGGCAGAAAUUAUAUUGAUGCUGUGUAUGUUGGUCUGGACAAAAGUACACAUUGGUCAAUCACCUUGGCCUACAAGAGGUUGAAAGAGCAUUAUGAAGCUGGGGAUGGUGAAGGUAAGAUGUACAAGCCAGGUUUCGAAUUUAUACCAAUACCAGAGGAAGAUUUCAAUUUACUAACUAGAGUAGUAACUAAAAAGAGAGUAAGUAAAAAAGUGAAAUGUGUGUCAUUUGGAGGAAAGGGUGGAAAGCGAGUUGAUGGAGUCAAUGGAAAAAAGAAAAAAAGAAAACCAGGUUCUGGUGCUGGCAUGGGUAAGCCAGUGAAGGGGAAAAUGAAAAGGAAACGAUCACUUCCUGGUGAGGGCAACACAAAUGUUACAUUGCCUAACAGGCUGCCUGUUCUAGCCAGGGAUCAUAAGCGGCACAAAACACAUAAGAAGACACGGUGUGCUCUGUUGGUUCGUGAUGCUAUGGAGGAGGUAGAUUCUGAAAUUAAUGGAUAUGUUCCAUACAGUGGAAAACGAACUGUACUUGCCUGGAUGAUUGAUUUGGGCACAAUCCCCCAAAAUGGGAAGGUCCAUUAUAUGCAAGACAGGUCGGAAAGUCCUUUACUGGAAGGUAAGAUCACAGGAGAUGGCAUUCUCUGUGGCUGCUGUAAUAAAAUCACAACAAUUUCAGACUUUGAAGCUCAUGCAGGAAGCAAGCAAUCUGAUCCUCUUAAAAAUAUAUAUACGGAUGAAGAAACUUCGCUCCUACAAUGCCUGUUAGAUUCAUGGAACAAACAAGACGAGUCUGAACGCAAUAGUUUUCAUUUUGUUGAUGUUGCGGGUGAAGAUCCAAAUGAUGAUACAUGUGGUGUCUGUGGAGAUGGUGGAGACCUGAUCUGCUGUGAUAGUUGCCCAUCAACAUUCCAUAAAAGCUGCUUGGAUACAAAAAAAUUCCCAUCUGGUGACUGGCACUGCAUUUACUGUUGUUGCAAAUUUUGUGGGUUGGUUGGUGGAAGUUCAAACCAAAGUGUAGCCAAUGAUGAUUUUACUAUGCCUGCAUUGCUCACAUGCCAUUUAUGUGAGGAAAAAUUUCACAUAUCUUGUAUUGAGGCAAAUGGUGGUAAGACUGAUGAUAUCAGGGAGGCAUUAUCUUGUGGAAACAAAUGUCAAGAGUUAUCUGAGAGACUUGAAAUGCUUCUUGGGGUUAAACAUGACAUCGAAGAUGGAUUUUCUUGGUCUUUUAUUCGGCGGUCAGAUGCUGGGUUUGAUGCUUCUCAGACAAAACCUCGGAUGAUAGAAUGUAAUUCUAAGCUGGCUGUUGCAUUGUCAAUAAUGAACGAGUGCUUCAUGCCAUUUAUUGAUCAUAGAAGCGGGACCAAUCUGUUCCGCAGUAUUCUAUAUAGUUGUGGGUCAAACUUCAAACGCCUGAACUAUAGUGGGUUUAUUACUGCAACUCUAGAGAGAGGUGAUGAGAUCAUCUGUGUCGCAUCUAUCAGAAUACAUGGGAGCCAACUUGCUGAGAUGCCAUUUAUUGGAACUCGCUAUAUGUAUAGGCGACAAGGAAUGUGCCGCCGGCUUCUAAAUGCCAUUGAACGGGCACUCAGUUCUUUACAUGUUGAGUUAUUGGUCAUACCAGCUAUAUCAGAGCUUAGAGAAACCUGGACUUCUGUUUUUGGGUUUGAGCCACUUGAUCAAAUAAGCAAGCAAAUAACAAAGAGCAUGAAUCUGCUGGUAUUCCCUCACGUAGAUUUGUUGCAGAAGAAGAUUUCAAGGCUUAAAAUUGCUAAUGAAAGUUUGCUUCUUACUGGAGUUUCCGAUCAUAAGAAGACUCAUCUGGACGAAUCAGAUUCAUCUGGAUCUGAUUGUUGCAAGAAAAAUGAAAAAGCUAUAUCUAUUGAAUCUGAUUGUGGUCAUUUUGUGAACUCAUUGAAUAACGCACCUGGCAUUACUAGCAACACCAUACAGAAUAGUAAAUCUCCAACAGAUGUCACAUGUCAAGCUGUAUGUCAGACUGUUCAUGAAAAUUUGGUGGUGGAUAACAAAAGCACCGUAAAUGCACCUGAUUAUGUGGAUAAUUCUUGUUGCCAAGAAGAUAAGGAAAGGCGAUGUCUCAGUAUGCCUUGUAUUAACACUGGAGGUUCAGAAGGAAAUUAUGUUGGUGCUUUGUUGGAGGUUACUGAAAAUUGUUCCAACGAGGUCAAAUUAACAAUAGAGGUUGUUUCAAAUAACAAGAGUGCUGAAAAAUUUGCACCCUCUGGGGCAGAAAAUAUUCCUACUGACUCACAAAUUGUGUUUAGGACAAGGGAAUCAGAAAAAUCUGCUGAAAGUAACCACAAUUCACACAAUGUUUCUGACAGUUGUGAACUGAGAUUUAAGACUGACUUUACUCAACCAAGCUAUACUGAAUAUGUCGAUGAUUGUAGCUUGCAUUCUAGACCUGAUGGUGAUAGUGCCUCUGUCGAAGCAGGUCUCACAACCAAUGUCUUGAUGCCCCUUGAAUCACAGAAUAUUACUAAAGAUUUGCCUGUUAAUUGUGAAAACAGUUCUAGUGUUGUUAAUGCGUCAAAUGCUGCUGAAGCAAAAUUAUGUUAUUCCAAAACAACUGAUCUCCAGACACACAAAAAUCCUAGAGAUUGCCAAUCCAUCCUAGUAUCUUCAGGUAUAUGUGAGAUAAUUGCAGACGGUGUCAAUGAGAGGAAUAAGGCAUCCAAGGCAGCUGAUGCCGAUUUUCUUCCUGCUGAUUUUGAAGUAAUUCCCAGUGAUAAGCUUGGCUCUCAUUCUAGACCUAAUUGUGAUAGUGCCUCUUGCGAAGCAGGUCUCACAACCAAUGACUUGAUGCCGGCCCUUGAAUCACAGAAUAUUACUAAAGAUUUGCCUGUUAAUUGUGAAAACAAUUCUAGUGGUGUUAGCACGCAUAAUGCUGAUGAAUCAGAAUUAUGCUAUUCCAAUACAACUGCUCUCCAGACAAACACAAAUGCUGGAGAAUGCCAAUCCAUAGUAGUAUCUUCAGGUGUUUGUGAAAAAAUUGUAGAUGGUGCCAAUGAGAGGAAUAUAGCAUCCAGUGAAGCUGAUGCCGAUUUCCUUCCUGUUGAUAUUGAAGUAAUUCCAGAUAGUCAGCCUAGCUCUCAUUCUAGACAAGAUGGCGAUAGUGCCUCCGGCGAAGCAGGUCUCACAACUAACGUUUUGACACACCUUGAAUCACAAAAUAUUAGCCCAGAGUUGCCUGUUAAUUGUGAAAACAAUUCUAGUGUUGUUAGUGCGCCAAAUGGUGAUGAAGUAGAAUUGUGCUAUUCCAAAACCACUGAUCUCCAGACAAACCAAAAUCCUGGAGAUUGCCAAUCCAUAGUUUCAUCAGGUGUUUGUGAGAAAAUUUCUGAUGGUGUCAAUAAGAGAAAUAUAGCAUCCAGUACAGUUGAAACUGAAAUUAGUUUCCAACAAUGAGCCUGGGAUAAAGGAGCCUCCAGAACUAGCAGAGCCUGAUUUGCAGGUUGAUCGAACUGCACAAAGUAACUCUCCUUCCUCGCAGGCUCCAAACACUGCUUCUGGUGUGGCCCUGCACAGUACAUCUGCCAGCAGUACUUAAUGUGAUAAUACUGAAGGUAUUGUUCAGUCAAACCAAGCCAGUUGAGUAGGGGAUUCAGCAAUGCAUUCUGCCAAGGGUCACAGGUAAGCCCUCGACCUUCAAUUCUGAAGGUGUGCCCCCCCUACUUAAUGUGAUGAGAUUUGUCUUUGUAGCAUAGUAUAUUCUGUAAAAACAUUGUUAGAAUAGGGUGAUAUUACCUUUAGAUAAAGAUGUCUGGAGGUUAGCUCCAUUUUUUUGGAGGAUGAAGGAACUAGGUGAGGAACAACACCAUGACAUGAGGCUAGUGUAUUUUGUUGAUCACCGUGGUUAUCAUCAUUAGGAUGUGAAUGGAGUAGACUGUAGAGCAUUGCUUUUUUUUUUUGUUAUAAUUUUUGCUUAUACUUUCUCUCUUUUAGGCGCUGCAUCCAAUUCUCUAUUUGUUAACUUUAGGUGUUAGAAAUUGACACGAUCAAAUGAACAUCGAGGAUGGCCAAUGAGGUUGUUCCUUAAUUGGCAAUGCCUACCGGAAAGUUCAGGUUUGAGUGUAAAAGUUUAGGGGAUAUAUACACCAAACAUUAAAAGCAAAUAAUCGUGGCUAUCCCUUAUGAUUCA